AUGUUAUUCCUUCGUGUCACUCUGCUGCUGCCCUUUGCCAGUGCAGUAGCCCUGCAGAAGCAGAGCUUUAUAUGCUUUUAUAACAAUGCUCAGCUGCUGGCCUAGGAGGACAUUGUGUUCCUCUGCUGCCUCCUGUCACACAUGCUGGCUGUCUACUGUCAUUUGUCCUGUCACUGUCUGGUGGUCAUUUUUUAUGCAGGCCUGAACAGCAUCACGUGGCAGAAUUUGCCUCACCAGAAGGCACUGAAAUUAUGCAAUGACCUCAGCUUUCCUGAAUGCUGCCUCAUCUGUGCAGAGCAAAAACCUUCCUGCCGGUUUGUGUGCAAGAGUUUUGUCAGCAAAGAUUUUGCCCCUUCAAUUACUCAAGAGGAGAAAUCAGACACUGAAGAAAACCACUGUUACAUGAUUAGGAAGCUGCUUUGGACUGUUGUUGCCCAUAAAUGGUUCCACUGGUUUUCCCUUCCCAGAACCUUCCACUGGUUUGACCUGACAGCUGUGCCACUGAGAAAGUAUCUCUUUAGCCAGCUGUUAGAAAAGAGAGGGCUUGUCUGCUGCUAUCUGUGCCUGGUGCUCUUACUGUACCAGGCACCCCCUGGAGACUGGCCUACAAAGCAAUGUGGGCUGGUCAGCACCAAGACAUCUCUCACUUCAGCCGUAGUGGAACCUAGUGUGAUAUUGGAUGACAAGUCUCCAUUCUCCACAGCUGCUUCCAAUAGUUUCUAAAUUCCAGAGGAAACUGCUGAGUAUGAUUCUAAAUUCUCAUAAACCAUAUUGAAGCCCAUGAGGAAUGCUUUGCUGAGAUCUCAUCCCUCAUGGGACUAAGCAGGGCAAGAACCGGCACUGUUAACUCUCAGACUCUAAACUAUUCCAGCCAAAAAUGUACACAUUUUCUUCUACGAGUUUCACUCUCUACACUGCUCAGCAAACUUGCUUAUCCCUGGUUGCCUGAGCUUUUCUAUUUUUUUUUUGUCUGAAUUUGCUUAUUACAUAGUCUGCUUGGCCUCUGAACUGCUUCAGUUUUACAGUGUUUCUAUUGCAACUUCAAUACAAAACUGAACUACAAAACCAAAUCAGAGUUAUUUUGUAGUGGCUACAGCUUCAGUGUAACAAACUAAACAGGAUCAGGCCCAGUCUUUUUUUGUUGUAUUUUUUUAUUCCCCAUGAGGGAUCUCAAGAAAGCCAUUGAAUCCUGACAACAUACUAAUGAUUUUGUCAGGCGCACUCUUUCUGUUGAGCUAGGCUUUCAUCGGCACUUCUACUUCCUUGCUGGUGAGAAUUCAUCCCACCCUCACCACCACAGACUAUAUGAUAUGUCCUUCAAGGAAAAAGGAAGUAACUGGAUAUUCUGUCCAAAUCCA